AUGGAGCCACUGAGCGUGAGGGAAAUCUUGUCAUUGAUGGAGCUGGCAGAUCUCCCAGCACUAUGGGAGCUCGGACACUUUAUGAGGAAGUUGAAUGUGGUAGAUGGUUGUGAAAUGGGGAAGAAGAAGAAGAUUUGGGCUUUCACCUGGGAGGUGAGGGCCAAUGACCGCAGCUACCACAGGCAGUUCAAGAAGAAAUUUGCCUUCUGCCUGAGCAAGAGGAAAUACUCGGGCAAUGCCAUCAGGACAGCCAAGUACAACCUGCUCACCUUCCUGCCCCUGAACCUCUACGAGCAGUUCCACCGCAUGGCCAAUGUCUACUUCGUCUUUGUCAUCCUCCUCCAGACUUUCCCUGAGAUCUCCACACUGCCCUGGUACACUCUGCUGUUCCCCCUGAGCUGCCUUCUUAUCAUCCGGGGGCUGCGAGACCUCAUCGAUGACAUUGGUCGGCACCGAAGCGACAGGAGCAUCAACAGCAGGCCCUGUGAAAUCCUGGCUGGGAGGAGGUUCCACUGGCAGAAGUGGCGCGACAUCUGCGUGGGGGACAUCGUCCGGCUGCGCAAGGACAGCGUCGUGCCGGCUGAUCUGCUCCUGCUGUGCAGCUCUGAGCCCAGCAGCCUGUGCUAUGUGGAGACUGCUGACAUUGAUGGGGAAACAAACCUGAAGUUCAGACAGGCCCUUCUGGUCACCCACCAGGAGCUGGGGAGCGAGGAGAGCGUGGCUGCCUUUGACGGCCGAGUGAGGUGCGAGGAGCCCAACAGCCGCCUGCACAGCUUCACGGGCACGCUGCGCUGGCGAGGCCGCAGCCAUGCCCUGGACCCCGAGCGCAUCCUGCUGCGGGGCUGCCGCGUCCGCAACACCGCUCUCUGCUACGGCUUGGUGCUCUACGCAGGCGAGAAUAUUUCCUGCCCAGGGCUGGAUUCCAAAAUUAUGAGGAACUCUGGAAAAAUCAAGUGGAAGAAAACCAAGCUGGACCACCUGAUGGACCGGCUGGUGAUCGUGAUCUUCCUGGUGUUGUUGGUGACAUCCCUGGGCCUUGCUGUGGCCUCUGGGUUCUGGGCCAGGACGUUCCAGGAGAAGCAUGGCUACCUGGCUGCCCUCUACAAGCACACGAGCCCUGCCCAGCAGGCCUUCCUCAACUUCUGGGGCUUCACCAUCCUCCUGAGCAUCAUCAUCCCCAUGUCCAUGUACAUAACGCUUGAAUUCAUCUACCUGGUGAACAGUUGUUUUAUUAACUGGGAUCUGGAGAUGUAUUAUGGUGCCAAGGAUAUUCCAGCUGAAGCCAGGAGCACCAGCCUCAGUGACCAGCUGGGGCAGAUCGAGUUCAUCUUCUCAGACAAGACGGGCACCCUGACACAGAACAUCAUGAGCUUCAAGAAAUGCUGUGUCAAUGGGACCAUCUAUGGUCCAGGCACAGGCCAUGAGAACAAAGAGCCACUGGUGCGUAAGUCCCCCGUCCCACGUGCCACGGGGCUGUCACUGGUGACACUGGUGACACUGGUGACAUCAGUGGUGCUGAGGAGCUCAGGGCUCCAGGCUCUCAGAGGGGCCUGCUGUUUUGCGCUCACCCCCUUGGCACGGGCAGUGCAGAGCUGGGCUCAGCCUCUGGCCUGGGGCUGGGGGCCGAGCCGGGAGCAGCCCGGGGAGCAGAGGUUGGAUGUUUGUGAUGUGACACUGCUGGAAGCUGCCCAGAGGGACAAUGACCCGGUGCUGAGGGAGUUCCUGAGGCUGCUGGCCCUCUGUCACACCGUCAUGGUGGAGGACAGGGGAGACCAGCUGGUUUACCAGGCAGCUUCCCCAGAUGAGGAAGCGCUGGUGUUGGCAGCCAGGAACUUGGGCUACGUGUUCCUAGCCCGGACACAGGACACCAUCACCAUCAGGGAGCUGGGCAGGACCAGGACGUACGAGGUGCUGGCCAUGCUGGACUUCAACAGUGACCGCAAGAGGAUGUCUGUGCUGGUGCGAGACCCCCAGGGCACCAUCCGGCUCUACACCAAGGGUGCUGACACCGUCAUCCUGGAGAGGCUGCAGAGGCGAGGGCACAAUGAGAGCCUCACCGAGAGGGCGCUGGAUCGCUUUGCAGAGGAGACGCUGAGGACGCUGUGCGUGGCCAGCAGGGAGGUGAGCGAGGCCGAGUUCCGUGCCUGGAGCCGGAGGCACUGCGAGGCUGCAGUGCUGCUGCAGGACCGUGCCCAAGAGCUGCACAGGCUCUACGAGGAGAUGGAGCAGAACCUGCAGCUGCUCGGGGCCACGGCCAUUGAGGACAAGCUGCAAGACGGAGUCCCUGAGACCAUCCAGCUGCUGAAACUGGGCAACAUCAAAGUGUGGGUGCUGACAGGAGACAAACAAGAGACCGCAGUGAACAUCGGCUACGCCUGCAGGCUGCUGACAGACGACAUGGAGAUCCUGGAGGAGAAGGAGGUCAGCGAGAUCCUCCAAGCUUACUGGGAGAGCAACAACAAUCUCAGUGGCAGUGGGGAUGCCCCGUGCAGCCACCACCUCUCCCAGCAGCGCCCAGAGGCCCCGUGCCACAAGAGAGCCAUCAUCAUCAGCGGGGACUUCCUGGACAAAAUCCUCCACACGGGAGAGGUGCUGAAGGAGAAGAAGGGGUGGCCGUGGCGGUGGCUGUGCUGUGAUGGGGCCGAGGCCUUGCAGGACCAGGGAGGGCUGGUGGAGAAGGCCUUCGUGGACCUGGCCACCACCUGCCAGGCUGUGAUCUGCUGCAGGGUGACCCCCAAGCAGAAAGCCCUGAUGGUGCAGCUGGUGAAGAAGCACAAGAAGGCUGUCACCUUGGCCAUCGGGGACGGGGCCAACGACGUCAACAUGAUCAAAACCGCAGACAUCGGGGUGGGCAUCAGCGGGCUGGAGGGGCUGCAGGCCGUGCAGUGCAGUGACUACGCCCUGGCCCAGUUCUCCUUCCUGCAGCGCCUGCUGCUUGUCCACGGCCGCUGGAAUUACCUGCGCAUCUGCAAGUUCCUCCGCUGCUUCUUCUACAAGACCUUCGCUGGCCUCCUGACUCAGGUGUGGUUCGCUUUCCACAGCGGAUUCACGGCCCAGCCUCUGUAUGAGGGCUGGUUCCUUGCACUCUACAAUAUUUUCUACACUGCCUACCCUGUGCUGUCUGUGGGCCUUUUGGAGCAGGAUGUGAAUGCCAAGAAGAGCCUGGAGUUCCCUGAGCUCUAUGUGGUCGGGCAGCAGGAUCAGCUCUUCAAUUACCGUGUUUUUGGUGUCACCCUCCUGCACGGGGUGGGCACCUCCCUCACCAGCUUCUACAUCACACUCUGGGCCUUUGAGGACCACGUUGGCACCAAGGCUGUGGGUGACUACGAGUCCUUCUCUGUCACAGUGGCCCUUUCAGCGUUGCUGUCGGUCCUUGCGGAGAUUGUCCUGGACACUCAGUACUGGACAGUGUUGUCCUUCCUGAUGGUCACAGCCAGUCUGCUCCUCUUCUGCCUCUUCUCCUUCCUGACCCAAAGUGUUGAUGCCUUCAGGAUAGCCCCUGCCAUCUUCCGCUUCCCAGAUGCCAGCUGGAAUGCUCUGACUGACCCCUAUGUCCUGCUCGUGGUCCUGCUGUCCCUGGUGGUCAACACCCUCCCCUCGCUCACUGUCCACGCCUUCCGUGCCACCCUGGGCAGAGCCACCACCCAGCAGAAGAUCCACCUGAAGGCCAAGCGGGAUCCGGAGCCCUCGGUGGAGCUGCGAUCCCACGUCCCCCGCGGCUCCUUCGGCCGCCGCUCCAGCUACGCCUUCUCCCACCAGGCGGGCUACGCCGGCCUCAUCACCCGAGGGGCCAGCCUGCGAGCCGGGGCCAGCCCCGGCACCGCCCCGGGUGUCCUGUGCCCCGAGGGGUCCCCGGCCGUGUCCCCCCUGCCCUGUCCCGAGGGGUCCCCGGCCGUGUCCCCCCUGCCCUGUCCCGAGGGGUCCCCGGCCGUGUCCCCCCUGCCCUGUCCCGAGGGGUCCCCGGCCGUGUCCCCCCUGCCCUGUCCGGAGGGGUCCCCGGCCGUGUCCCCCCUGCCCUGUCCCGAGGGGUCCCCGGCCGUGUCCCCUCUGCCCUGUCCCGAGGGGUCCCCGGCCGUGUCCCCCCUGCCCUGUCCCGAGGGGUCCCCGGCCGUGUCCCCCCUGCCCUGUCCCGAGGGGUCCCCGGCCGUGUCCCCUCUGCCCUGUCCCGAGGGGUCCCCGGCCGUGUCCCCCCUGUCCUGCCCCUCGCCCCUGCGGUUGCAGAGGGGCUGGCCCAGCCUGGGGGCUCCCGCUGCGGGUGCUGAGCCCUGCAGUGGCUCCCCGAGCCCCGCGCUGGGUGCCCAUGGCUUUGCAGAGCUGUGGAAGCCACUGACCGCUGUCACCAGGCUCGGCCCCUCGCCCUGUGAGCCCCUGGCUGGCAGCACAGGCCCCUUCCCUCUGCCGAGCCCUGGGGAUUCCUCUUGUACCAACCUGGCUCCUGCAGCCCUCUUUGUCACUUCCCACCACUCCCAGCUCCUGCCUUUGCUGUCCCUGCACAAGGGGCAGUGUCCUCUCUGUGCCUUGCCCCAUCUCCACACCACUCCCCCAGGUCUGGUGUCCUCACCUUUGGGGACAGCUUCCGGCCACAGGCUCUGCAAAGUCCCAAAAAGCACUCCUGGGGGGGAUGUGGGACAAGGCUUGGCUUUUGUCUCCCUCAUCCCGACACCCAGAGACUACGAGAGCCACGGGGAUCUGUCCUGUGGAGAGCUGAGUAUGGCACAAGUCACCAUCGAGAGCUCGGAGGAAACGAUCCCUUUGAAGCUAAGUACCAUUGCUCCAGAAAUUCGCAUUUAA